AUGAAUAUCCAAUUAAAAACAAAUAAAAAUAAAAGAAUAAAAAUAUUAUUAUUGUCAUUAAAUAUUUCGUGGGUAGUAUCAGAAAAUAAAUAUGAAGUGCAAUGUGUUCUUGAUUGUCUUGAUCAUGACCCAAAUUAUACAAUUGAUUGUACAGACGUUUAUAAAGGAACUGCUUGUAAAAAUAUUAUUAGAAGAUGCAAAGCUAGUUGCGCAAAACAUUAA